UUUUGCCUCUUGCGUCGCAUUUGUAUUUAUUAUUGUACGAGAUCAUUUCUCGCCGAAAUAAAAGAACCAAAACAUCUCGAUUUAUCUCAAUAUAUGGUGGUGUUAUUAUACAGUUUCUUGUCCUGAAUGAUAAAUAGAACCGCUCGGGCGGUAUGGAGGAGCUGGGCACAUACCUGUCGCACGGCGGCCCGGCCGGCUGCCUGGGAUACGGCGAGACCAUCUCUCCGCACACCUCCCCAGACUCGCGCUGCAUCCUGUGUGACUCGUACAUCACGAGCGCCGCCGAGCCGCCCACCGGUGUCGACAUCAACGGCUUCCGGCUGCCGAGCACCCAGGAGACUCUGGCGGAGAAGCUGGAGACGGUGGUGCACCCCGGCUGCGGCACCUCGCUGCACGCAGCCGCUCACCACUGGCAGAUGAAGUUUAUCUGCAUGUCGUGUUCGGCUGUAGUGAUGACACUGGACUCCUACGAGACCAAGAUUCUUGAGAUUCGAGAGGAGAUAAAACGGAAGUUCCUCGACAUGAUGAAGAUCCGGGCCGAAAAGUACGGCCAGUUGCAGCCGCCGCCGCCCCCAGCCCAGGCGGCCUCGCGGGUGGUGCCCCGGGUGAAGCGUGAGCCAGGCGACGACACGGCCGCCGCCGCCGCCGCCGCGGACGACCCCAGCGAGCGACUCGAGUGUGAGGUGGAGCUGCACGAGAGCUCCACCGGCAGCACGGACGGUUCACCCCGCGACGAGCUCACGUGUGGCGUCUGUCACAAGCAGUUCCGCAACAAGUACAACCUGAAGCGACACAGCACAGUGCACGCCGGCGUGAAACCGUUCAACUGCCAGUUCUGCACUCGUGCCUUCCGCCAGAAGGACCACCUGAAGACACACACCCGGUCGGGCCCCUCGGCGGCGCCGCUGCAGUGCGCGCCGUGCGGCCUGACGUUCCCGUGUUUCACGCUGUUCUCGGAGCACCGACAGCAGUACCACAGCGAGGCGGGGGACAACGCCUGCAAGCACUGCGAGUUUGUGUUCACGACGGCCACCGAGCUGCGCCGCCACUGCCGCCAGCAGCACCCGCACCCGGUCAAACAGGAGUUCCGCUGCUCCCUCUGUGGCCGGGAGUUCCCCAACGGCUUCAACCUGCGCCGCCACCACCUGACCCACUCGGGCGAGCGGCCGUUUGGGUGCGAUGUGUGCGGGAAGAGGUUCACGCAGCCGUCGAUUCUGAAGAAGCACUCGAAGGUUCAUGAGAAGAAGCUGCCCGGGAUGAAGGACCUCAUCACCACCAUGUGAGCGGGUCAUAACGGUGAACGGCUCGGCAGGGUUUACAAACGGGCGGCCGCGGCGGUGGCGCCGCCUAGGAACAGGACAGGGAACUGAUCUGGAACGCAGGCAGCAAGUGGUGGAUGGAGCUUAGUGGGUCUUUUUCUCGAGCUGCGUCUCUCGGUGUAGGAGGUUGUGGGACAUUGUAGUGAAUCUUGCGACUCGGGCUUCGAGUCGGAACUGGCGGACCCCGCUUUGUCGUCUGGUCGCGGUAGAAGGCUGGACUGCAGUUUCGAAUCGGCACCGCGGGGUGUCGCCCCUGUUUUCAGGCUUCCAGCAGACGAAACUGGGACCUUGGGCGCAAACUAAUGAAUCGCGCAAAAUUAUUUGGUUGGUAUAUGUGCGGCCAGUAGUUGGUGUCAAGAAUUGCUAGCAUAUUUCAUGGCCACGUACCCUCUUUUCUACCCAAGUACAGGUCUCGCGGGUUUUAGCGUAGGUUUUGCACCUAGAAAAUUUAGUGUACUUCAGGCUAUAUCUUCGUCGUCUUAAGCUUUUAAGUGUUGAAGAUGCGAUCGACUUGUUGGGUAACAAGCCGGCCAUGAUCGUGUAAAAUGGCUUCAUCGUAGAUCGAUUAGUUCCUGAGAUAUAACCGGAAAUGUACAAGUGCAAAACCUACCGCUUAAUCUCGCGAGAACCGUACCUUGAUGUUAAUGGAACUUGUUUGGUGAUUUAACAUUGAAUGCAUAUUUUUAAAUUGUUAAGCACAUCUCAGUAACGUACAAAUAUUUGGUGAUUUGCAUUGAUAGGACAAUAUUGGUAUGAUAUUUUUCGGCAACGAUAUAGUCUGUGAUGCUCGUUUUUGGGCAUUCUUUUUCAAAAUAUCCUCUCAUGAAAUCAAUUAUUGGCUCUGACCUAACCUAAUUUAUCCGGUGGUCAUAGAAGCAAUCCAACCAGUGUAGGAGGCGCCAGACUCUGCGUAUUGUAUAUUUACGUCUACAGUAUUUUUGUUUUUGUUAUUUGUUAUCAGAGAGGCGUGCCAGUAUGUGUGUAUAUCCUGUGGCCUCUCACUAUCGAACCAGUAGGUGAUAUGCUCAGUAGUCUUUUUCUCUCGGUGGCAGCUCGGUCUUUUGGAGUGGGGAGGGUCACCAUUCGUACCUGUCUGGUAGCCUCUUCUGGUCCUCCCUACGGGGUCUCACACUGCCCUCUGGGCAUCACUCGUUGCCAAACGGCGAAUCUCGCCCCCGCCUGCUGGGGUCGUGGGGCGCUCCGAUAGUGAUGCAGGGCUUGCCGUGUAUGUUGAUAGGGACAGAGUGCGCUGGGCUGCCUCCGUAGGGAGUGGAUGGCGUCGAGAGCGGUGGCAGAGACCAAUCACGCGCCUUCUCAGCGCGCUGAAUGUACAAGUUCUUGUGUGCCCAGCAGCUGUCGUUUCUAAGGGUUCUGAAAGUCUGUCGUGCAAAGGUAAAAGGGCGUAAGUUGCGGAAGAACUUGGUAGAUAUUCGACAUGUGAGGGAUUUUGAGAUAAUUUUUGUGUGCAUUCUUCUAGCCUUUGCACGACAGACAUCUUUCGUUGUUUUAUGACCGGAAUUGUUGCCGGUGAAUACUCCUCAUGACCUGCUUUUGCGUUGGCUUUAUUUUUAACUUAUUAUUGUAUUUUACAGAUGUGUGCGUACCUAGGAAGGGCGUGCGAGUGAGUGGAGAAAAUGUGUAGUUCAUUUGUUAUUGAGAGCACAUAGAAAGAGACAAUAAAUAGAUUAUUACAGUGAA